AUGGCACCUGGACAGGCAGCAACCGGCUCAGUCGAUGGGGAACAACUCCUAGCCCGAGAGCGAGAACGCCUCUUACAACCGUCCGACGAGGAAGAGAUUCCAUCGCAUGACUCGCAUGACCAGGAAGAAUGCAACGUUCCCAUUCCCGAUGAGGAGCUUUCAGAACAGCAACCCGUUCCACACUGGCAGCAUGAGGAGACCUUCAAGCUUCUCAGCGUGAUACUCGAUUUCUUCAUCAUGGGCGUCUGUCAAACCGCAGUGGGGGCUUUGAUUCCCAGUAUCGAGCGGUUCUAUCACCUUAGCGACGGGUCUACGGCGUCACUCUUCGUGGCGCAUAUGGGUGGCUACCUCUGCGCCACGGCAAUCAUACAGCAUCUUCACCUCCGUCUUGGUCGAAGAGGGAUCGCACUGUUGGCGCCUCUCUUCCGUCUCUCCGCUGCUGCUCUGCUCUCCACAGGACCGUCCUUCAAUGUGGCGCUAGCGACUUACUCUUUGUUUGGCCUCGGGACAGGUCUUGCUGACGCUGGCUGGUGUGCUUGGGCGAGCAGCCUGCCUUAUGCCAGCAUUUGUCAGGGUAUGAUGCAUGGCGCGUUCUCCGCCGGUUGUGUUGUCGGUCCCAUCGCUGCGUUGGCUGUCUUGAACGAAGGGUUCGAGUGGCAUGGAUUCUACUGUUUUGCCGCCGCCCUUCUAAGCCUAGAACUCAUGGCAGAAGGCUUAGCAUUCCGGCACGACACUGCCGCGAAGUAUCGUAGCACCUCAAGCGAAUCGCGCGACAUUCGGGUGUCAAACCCCUUCCGAAUCACCGCCACCUGGAUGUGCGGUCUGUUCUUCUUCGUCUACGUAGGCAUUGAAUCAUCAUUCUCCGACUGGAUCGUCCUCUUCUUGCGCCGCGUCCGGCACGCCGACCCCUUAAAAGCUUCCCUCUCCUCUUCCUCCUUCUGGGCCGGCAUGGCUGUCGGUAGACUUUUUCUCGGCUUCGUGACGCAACUCUUCGGCCUCCGCAUCUCUAUUUCCACAUAUAUCGUCUGUUCGACGACUCUACAAAUCCUGUUCCGACAGAUCAGCACCCCGGCCUUCUCGCUGGUCUUGCUCGGCUUGAAUGGGUUCUUCUGUGGUCCAUUGUUUCCCUCCGGCAUCUUACUUUUGGCGACGAAACUGCCGACCAAGGGACACGUCGGUGCUGUUGCCGCGGCCGCGGCGAUGGGACAGGUUGGCGGCGCACUUGCACCCCUGGCUAUUGGUCUGCUGGCGGACAGGUUUGGGAUCGGCCACCUGCUGGAUGUUGUUCCGGCGCUGUCGGCGCUCAUGCUGGUGAUUUGGUGGGUCUUUUCAACGCGGUUUUAG